AUGAACCAUCAACAAGCUGGGAGGCUCUCUGAACAAGUCGCAUCCCUCUCUCAGCCACAUACAACAAAAGCGGUUAUAGAAGAAAGGGUCGGACCCAGGCCGCGCGGGGAGCCGAGUGAGGACUGGAAGCCGAAGCCCCGGGCGCCCGCGAUUGCGUCCGGAACGGCGGGCGCGCUUCCCGCCGCGCGGAGCCAACUGCGGCAGAGCUCUGAGGGUUCCGACCCCGACGCCGGCCCCCGACCGAGCCUAAACCCCCAACUCACGUUUCUCUGCGCGCCGGAGUCUCCCAAGACUGCCCCGGCCCAAGGUCCCGCAAGCCCCAACCUAAUCCCUGCCGGCCCACGGCGACCCUCUCGGACAGCGCAGCACUUACGCCGGCCGUUUCCCCGCUCGUUGCCGAGGCAACGGGCCGGCGAUGGAGCGCCGCGAGGGCCAAGCCUCCUGCAGCGCCUUUACUCGGCGUGCAGAGAGAGAAAAGAUGUCUGUGUUUUUCUCUGGUGCCCCCUCGUGGUGGGCGGGAGCUCAAUCGCGGACAUCGCUCGUCUAAGGAAAAGAAUCCAUUCACUACACCAAAUUCAGGAUGGUGGCUACCUGAGGGAGGCAGGUUGGCAGUCAGCUGCAUCCCACGUGCACAGAGAGAAUUCUGAAAGAAGGCCACUCGCUGGCAGUGAGGCAGGCGCCUGGAUUCGCGUGGUUGCUUGGACUCUGCUGUUUCAUCACUCAGGCUGGUUCCCUUCCCACGGCGGAAUUUCUAAAGACAGGCGUCACCACGCGCACACAGAGCCCUUUCUGGAAAACAGGUGGGAUAAACUGAAGCUUAGAGAGGGGAAGUGUGGCCAGCUGAGGAACGGCCCUCAGAAAGAUCAGGUGCUAUCCCCGGAGCCUGUCAGUGUGACCUGAUUUGGAAAAGGGGUCUUUGCGGAUGUGAUUAAGGGUUGAGAUGGAGAAAUCAUCUUGGAUUAUCUGAUGGGCCCUAAAUGCCAUCAUAAGUGCCCUCCUUAUAAGAAAGAAACAGGGGACUUCCCUAGGGGUCCAGUGGCUAGGACUCGUGUUUCCACUGCAGUGGGGCACAGGCGAUCCCUGGUCUGGGAAGAUCCCACAAACCGUAUGGUGAGGCCAAAAAAAAAAGAAAAGAAAAAAGAGACUGAGAGAGACUUCACAUACACAGAGGAGAAGACCAUGUGAAGACAGAGGCAGAGGCCAGAGUUAUGCAGCCACAAGUCAGGGACAUCUGGAGCCAUCAGAAACCAGAAGAGACAAGGGACAAAUUCUCCUCUAGGGCCCUCCCAGCAUGUGCAGCACUGCUGAGACCUUGACUUUGGCCCCAAGAUACACAUUUCGGACUUCUGGCCUCCAGACUGUGGCAGAAUAAAUUUCCGUUGUUUGAAACUGGCAAGUUUGUGGUCAUUUGUUACAGCAGCCACUGGAAACUUAUACAGAAGUAUGGCCCAUGGCCAUACAGCUAUGAAGUGGCUCAAAACAUAGUAAGUGCUCAAUAAACGUUGGUGCGGUUGUUUGGUCACUACGUCGCGUCCGACUCUUUUGCGACCUCAUGGACUGUAAACUGCCAGGCUCCUCUUUCCGGGAUUUCCCAGUCAAGAACAUUGGGG